AUGAAAAUUUAUUUUAUUUUUAUAUUAUUUUUGUAUUUAAAUUUUUUUAUUUUAAUAAUAGAAAUAUUAAGCAAAGAUAUAAAAAAAACUAGACGCUCUUUUCCUUCAUAUUAUAUAAAGGAUGGAGAGAAAAGAAAAAGCAAUAAAAUAAAAAGAAAAAGAAUAAAAAAUAAUGGUUAUAUAAAUGUUUAUAGGAAAAAUAUAUUGGAUAUCAUAAAUAUAAAUGGUGAUCAAAAUAAAAUUAAAGAAAAAUGGUUGCACAAUUUAAAAAAGAAAAAACCAUUUGACAAAAUAAGUGUGGGUUUAUCAUAUUAUAAUGAUGAUAAAAAAGAGAUAUUUGAUUUAACGUUUGUAAAUAAUAAAGAAAACUGGAAUGAUGAUAAUUAUAAUAAUAAGAGUUGUAUUAAAAAAGCUAGUAAUGCUGAAGAAUAUUUACUUAUUAGUACUCCUGUAUAUUAUUCAAAUGAUAGACCACACAUAGGUCAUGCAUAUUGUAAUAUAUUAUGUGACGUUAUAUAUAAAUAUGAAAAAUUAAAAGGGGUAGAGAAAAAGAAAAAGGAUAUAAUUUUUUUCUCGGGUAUGGAUGAGCAUGGUUUAAAAAUUGAAAAGAAGUGUAAUAAAAAUAAAAUGAAAAUAAUUGAAUAUAUUGAUGAUAUAUCUAAUUAUUAUAAAGAUAUGAAUAAGAAAUUAAGUGUGGAUGUAAAUUUAUUUUAUAGGACAUCCAAUUCAUUUCAUAAAAUGUUUGUUCAGAAUGUAUGGAAAUAUUUAGUACAUAAUAAUUAUAUAUAUAAAGAUACAUAUAAAGGUUAUUAUAAUAUUAAUGAAGAAAGAUAUAUAAGUGAACAAGAAUUAAGAGAAGGUAAAUAUAAAAUAGAUAAUGAAAAUAUUAUAUAUGUUGAAGAAGAAAAUAGUUAUUUUUUUAAUAUAUUAAAAUUUAAAGAUUAUUUAAUUGAUUUCUAUGAAAAAAAUGAAAAUUUUUUAUAUCCACAAUAUUUAAGAAAACAAGUAAUUUAUACUUUAAAAAAUGAAUUAAGAAAUAUAUGUAUAAGUAGGUAUAAUACAAAGUGGGCAAUACAAAUACCAAAUGAAGUAGAAGGUACUAUCUACGUGUGGUUUGAUGCUUUGUUAUCAUAUAUAAGUUCUAUGUUAUAUCUACAUAAAAUAAAAAAAAAUUAUAAUAAUAAUAAUAAUAAUAAUAAUAAUAAUAAUAAUAAUAAUAAAAAUAAUAAUAAUAAUAAUAAUAAUGGUAUAAAUGGUAUAAGGGGUACAAAAGAUGUGCAUAUAUCCUCUACAUGUGAUGCGGAUUUUCCCAUUUGCUCAUAUGAUGAUAUUUUAAAUAUCGUAAAUUUUAAUGCCAAUAAUAAUAAUAAUACACAAAGUAAUAUAUUUCCACAUAUAAGCAGGAACAUAUGUGAUGAAAAAAAAAAUGAAAAAAGAGAAAAAAAUAUUCCAUUCAACAAAGUAAUCCGUAAAAAAUUUUGGAAUCCAUUUAUCCAAGUUAUAGGUAAAGAUAUUUUGAAUUUCCAUGCUAUAUUUUAUAUAUGUUUGUUGAAAAGUUUAAAUCUUGAACUUCCACAAAAAAUUCUAUGUCAUGGUUUAAUAAAAAAUGAAAAUAUAAAAAUGUCCAAGAGCUUAAAUAAUGUUGUAAAUCCAUUUGACCUUUUAAAAAAAUAUAAUCCAGAUGUAUUACGUUUAUAUUUUAUGGGAUGUGGUUGUAUUUAUGAAGAUAAAAAUUAUAAAGAACAAAAUAUAGAAUCAUUCGAAUUAUUUCUAAGAAAUAACGUAGGGAAUCUAUUAUAUCGUGUAGUAUCCUUAUGUAUAGAAAAUAAUUAUAAGAUUGUUCCUGUUAUAAAAACAAAUGAUUAUUAUUCUAAUAUUAUUUUAAAUGAGUGGAAAGAUAAUAUAAAGAAUAAACUUAUACCGUAUCUUGAUAAUAUGGAAUAUAUUCAAUUUUUGGAACUUAUUAUGACAUUAAUAAAAAAUGUAAAUAAAUUUUUUGUGCAUAAUACACCAUGGAAUUAUAAAAAAGAUACACAACAUUUUCACACAACUAUUUAUGUUACUUUGGAGUGUAUGAAAUAUUUUUCUAUAUUAAUGUUCCCAUUUAUACCAAACAUUUCUUUGGCUGUUUUAAGAAAUAUUGGUUUCGAUGACAUUGACGAGGAGAAUAUAUCUCUCGACAUGUUGGAAAAAAGGACAACCAAAUUUAUGCUUAAUGGGUUGAUAAAAAUAGUGUGA